CGACGGCGAGGGACUCCUCCGCAGGCAGCUCCCGUUCAGCGGCAUCUUCAUCUGCUUCAGGAGGCUAUGUCUGCCCGAAUUCUUCUCCCGCCCCGCGUCCGCGGGUCAGCCUAUUAUUAGCGGCAAGCUCGAUUUCCUGCCCAGGGCCAUUGAACUUCGCCCCGAUGGCAACUACUACAUCGAGGAUCACUGUAAUGGACUCCUCUUGCUCCAAGGGAGCUACAUCGAUGAUCACUACGUGGUUAACCCUGCCACGCGAUGGUGGAACGCUCUGCCCUUAUGCCCGGACAAUCGUGGUGAUUAUUUUCUGGCCUUUGAUCCCACGGUGUCAUCCCAUUACCAGGUGUUUCAGAUCCCUUAUUUGGAUUGGGGAAAAUAUGAGAUUAACCCUUUAGAGGAGACAUCCGAAUGGCCUCCAUCUCCAUAUAUAUUGCAUGUAUUCUCUUCAAGGAGAGGCUGUUGGGAGGAAAGGUUGUUUGUUCGAGAAGGGGAUGCCGCAGGAACCGUUGCAAAGGCACGUGUGCGCUUUGAGGGACAACAAAACUCGGUCUAUUGGCGCGGAUCCCUUUAUGUGCAUUGUCAAAGUGAUUUUGUUAUGAGAAUAUCUUUGUCUGAAGAUAAGUACAGUGUGAUUAAGCCACCAACGGAUAUUGGGUGGAGCAGUUAUCUAGGAUUAUCUGAAAAAGGUGUGUACUGUGCAUCAUUUGUUGAGAAUGCUCACAUUCUGGUUUACACCCUCACUGAAUCGUGUGAUCAGUUCGAGUGGAUAUUAAAGAACGACUAUGACCUUAAGCCUGUGCAAAUGUUUGAUGGCCAAGUUAAUGGACCCUGGACCAUACAAGACAUUAACUAUGAAAUUUUUCGUUCUCAUCUACCAAAUAUCAACAAGGAAGAAGUAAUUCAAGAGAAUUUUGAAUGGAACUCCGAUGAUGACGAUUUCAAUGAGAACCUAGACAUUGUUGAAGUGCAACAUCGUCCAUAUUUUGAGAUGGAGGUACUUGGAUUUCACCCGUACAAAGAGAUUCUCUUUUUGAGUAGGUCAGAGGACUAUAAAUUGAAUGCAAUGGCGUUUGCCUAUCAUUUGAAUAGCUUCAAGGUUGAAAAAUUGGGUAGCAUAUACCCGACAGGUCACGACUAUUUCAACUGCAGCAUUCCUAAUGAAUCUCAUGAGAUUGAAUCUUUUCCGUACACGCCAUGUUGGAUUGGAGAAACCCCAGAAAGCGUGAAUUAAUCGGUAGUAGCUCGUCUUAAACAUUAUCACAUAUGUGCUGUUUUUGUUUGGAUAAUUUUGGCUGUGACUUGUGCAACAAAUUA